CCAACCGUACUACAGUCUUUAACAUCGUCGGCCAAUCAAAAUUGUCCCUGGUAACGGCGGCCAUCAUGGAAAAAUUUCCGCCAAUCACCGUAGAGACUACCGCGCCAUCUAGCGCUGAAGAUUUAGACAAAGCGGCAAAUAAACAAUAUAUUCAAGACCGUGUUACCGAUCGUGAAAAUGAAUUAGUGCGUAUGAUUCAAAGGUUAGACUGUGAUGCCCGGAAAGCAAAACAUGAAAGAGCAAUUGCAGCCGCUCAGUAUAACGGUUGGCUUGCCGCUUCACAUUUAAAAUUACCACAGUGCACGAAAUUACAAGCUUUCGGACAAACUGCUGUUGUGGUUAAGUGUAACUCAGUGAACGUCACAUUUGAAACUGUAAUUACGUCAUGCGGACCACAGCCAAAAUUCAACAAUUAUACCAUUAAUCUCGAUGGCUGGGAAUUAGUUAAAUAUUCCCCAUGCUAUUGGACCAACGGAUUCGUUAACUUCAACGAUAAGCCUUACGCUUUUCGCAACAACACCUGGAAAAGAGUUGACGCUAACAUGGUAUUGCCGGAGCAAACGCUGGCACAUUCCUUCCGUUACGACGACGUAAAAUUCUUCGAUUAUGAACAUCGUACUAACCCUGCUUACAACGACAACCUACUUAACCACAUGAAUGUCAUGGCUGAUAUAGUAGCCGCCAUGAAUGAACAUCCACCGACCGAAUUUUCGUUAAAUCACCAGCCCAGCGCAUCAAAAGAGGCUCGUUCACCGAUCACCAACCGCACCGCCGUGCAUCCAGUUUGAUUACGGGACGUAAUCUCGCACCGCCGGGAGCGAUGUAACGAAGGCCUACAAAUACAUUUAAUUAUGACACCCACAUUCUUAUUAUAUUAUGUUUACU